AUGAACGAGCCGAUGAACGAGAUAAUACCUGGUUUGUAUCUCGGGGAUAUCUUCGCAGCUCGCAACCCAUCCUAUCUCCGAGAUCAUGGAGUUACCCACAUCCUAACAAUUGCCCGAGGUUCACUUGGACUGCUAAUUUCCACCCUCGAAUCGACUGAUACCGAAAUCCCGUUUGAUCACCGUCAAAUCGAACUCGACGACCUACCAGACGAAAAAUUGCUCGAUCAGUUGGAAAACGGGGUUUCGUUUAUCGAUAGUGCUCUAAGCGAGAACUUUGGCGAAGGGAAAGAAUGCAAAGUUUUAGUUCAUUGUUUACAGGGAAUGAGUCGCAGUACUAGUUUCGUCAUAGCUUAUCUGGUCUGGAAAAAUAGGAUUACGGUUGGAAAUGCUUUGGAAAUAGUUCAAGAGAAGCGGAAGAAAGCUCGGCCGAACUCUGGGUUUUAUAGGCAAUUAUUGGAGUGGGAGACAAGGUGUAAAAAGGAUAAAGAUUCAUAG